AAAUAAAAACAAAACACAAAAUGCAAGCAGCUGCCGCUACUACCGCUUUGCCCUUUUCCAUUAUCAUUUCUCAAGCAAGCUGUAGUCGCACUCAACUUCCCAUAAAACGCACCCGGAGGUAACCCUCGUAAGACGCAACGUCACCAGAAACAACCAGAAUUGAAUUGACCUAGAAUGGGAGUUGGACGAGAAGUCUCAAUCUCACUGGAUGGAGUAAGGGACAAGAACAUUAUGCAGCUCAAGAAGCUCAAUCUUGCUCUCUUCCCCGUUCGUUACAACGAUAAAUACUACUCCGAUGCACUUGCUUCCGCUGAUUUCACCAAACUAGCUUACUACAGUGACAUUUGUGUUGGCGCAAUUGCUUGCCGGCUUGAGAAGAAGGAAGGUGGAGGCCAAGUUCGGGUUUACAUUAUGACUUUAGGUGUUUUAGCACCUUACCGUGGACUUGGUAUUGGAACCAAGCUGCUGAAUCAUGUUCUUGAUCUUUGCUCAAAGCAGAACAUUUCCGAGGUUUACCUGCACGUGCAGACAAACAACGAAGAAGCCAUUAAUUUCUAUAAGAAGUUUGAGUUUGAAAUUACAGAAACAAUCCAGAACUAUUACACAAACAUCGCACCACCAGAUUGCUAUGUUGUCACAAGGCACAUAACUCCUAGCCCAACAAAGAAAUAACAUCUAUUACACAAACAUCACACCACCAGAUUGCUAUGUUGUCACAAGGCUCAUAACUCCUAGCCCCACAAAGAAAUAACAUUUCAUGUCAGUUAUUUUGGGGCAAUUCAUCAAAAGAUUGUUGCAUUAUUGAUUGAAUUUUGCCAUGGAUGUAUUAUUACACACUAAAGUUUGUCAUUUUUAAUGCUAGAUUUUAAACAGCAAAGUUAGCCCAAAAAUAGAAGCAAUUGGGAAUCUCUUUGCUAAGGUAUUAAAGCUAUUCUAUCCCGAUCCUCCCCCUUCCAUACCCUAUCUUACAAUUUUAGGCAGAAUAUUAUUGAAUUUGGUACAAGAGUCUUUUGGGGGAAAUUGCAUCUUGUAUUUUAUUUUAUAACUAAAUAAAUAAAUAUAGCUUUUGGGUCAUGGUUUUA